GUAAAAUACCACUCCUUCAAGCUUGCGUGGAAGUGUAGAAUGUUUACAAUCAUUCUCAGUUAACAAGUUGCAAUUUAUCUUGCCAGUUGGAAUAAUGAUACAGUCACGAUUCACAAUAGAUCAUAUUACAUCCGAGACAUUUGAGAAUGCAAUCAUUGUCUUGAAUAGCCUUCAAACGAAGAAAGUUGACAAGAAAUCUGAUCUGAAUAAAGAAAUAAGGAGUUACAGCGAUGGUAAAUUAGAAGAUACUAAAAAAUUUUUAUUACGAUCGGGAUUAACAAUGGACCAAGUGAACAGGCUCCGGAUAAUUCACAUCGCCGGUACCAAGGGAAAAGGUUCAACUUGCGCAUUCACUGAAUCAAUUCUUCGCAAUCAUGGAUAUUCAACGGGAUUUUAUAGUUCGCCACAUUUGGUCUCGGUACGUGAACGAUUUCGAUUGAAUGGUAAGCCAAUAAGUGAAUCAAUAUUUUCUCAGCAGUUUUGGCGAUUAUAUAAAAUUCUUCACUCCGCAAUGGAGCACGAGCGCGAUAUGCCGCAGUAUUUCAAAUUUCUCACAGUAAUGAUGUUUCACAUUUUCCUCACAUUCCAAGUAGACGUUGCAAUUGUUGAAGUUGGAAUUGGUGGCGAAAAUGAUUGCACAAAUAUCAUUGAAAAUCCAAUUUGCACCGGUAUCACGAGUCUUGCACUCGAUCAUACGACAAUUUUAGGUGAAACUAUCGACAAAAUUGCUUUUCAUAAAUCCGGAAUUUUCAAGUUAAACGUACCGGCAUUCACAGUUCCACAAAUAAAUGAGGCAAUGAUUGUAUUAAAAAAUCGUGCACUAGAAAAAAAUUGCACACUAAAAAUUGUUCCAAGCUUAGAAAAUUAUUCCUGGACAUCGAGAACUCCACUAUUGGGAAUUCCGGCGGAAAUUCAAAAUUACAACGCAUCUUUGGCCAUUCAACUCGCUCUUUCAUUCAUCAAUUCUGUAGAAAAAAUAAAUAAACAAAUUAAUAACAAUACCAACGAUAAUAGAAAUAAUUUCUCUUCGAAUGUAUUUUCAUUACAAAAAGUUGAAUUGGGAAUAACUUCCUGUAAAUGGCCCGGAAGAACACAAAUUUUAAGAGGUGAAAAAAUCGAUUUUUUCAUUGACGGUGCUCACACUUUGGAAAGUAUUAAUAAUUGCGCGACUUGGUUUAAGAAUUCCAUUAAAAAUGAGACAGGAAAUAGAUAUUUAAUUUUCAAUACGACUGGAUAUCGAAAUUCAGAAUUAUUAAUGACAAAAUUGAAGAAAUUAAAAUUUCUCAAAGCAUUCUUCUCGCCAAAUAUUUCUGGAAUAAAUAAUAGUCAACAAUUUACCGAAGAAAUGGAAUUGAAAUGUAAAAAUAAUUGCAAUUUUUGGGGCGAAGAUGGAAUUUUCGUUGAAAACGUCAAGAGUGCAAUUAAUGAAAUUUUAAAUUUCGAAAAUCAAGAAUGUAUAACAAAACCAAAAGUUCUUGUCACGGGUUCACUUCAUUUAGUUGGAGCUCUACUUUCUAUUAUUGAUUCUAAUCUUACAAUGACAACUAAAUUUUAAAAGAAAAAAAAAAUGAUUUGCGAUUUGUGUGAUUAAAAAAAAUUUAAAUAAGUAUUAUUUUUGUAAAUAGAAACUAAAUUCGAAUUUCGCUCGUAAAAUUAAAUAAAAAUAUUUUUUGCCUUACAGUGAGUGUUUAUUGAUUAAAAAAGCAAAGUUUACUAUUUUUGGUUUUUUCGUUCUGAAGAAGUUGGUGGUGGAAAACAAUAAUAAGGCGUCAUUUUAAUCGCAGGAAUGCAAGAAUAUUUUUUUACAACACAUGAUGGGCAGGGUAAUUGAUCUAGACUUGUUACCAAAUUGCUAGAAAAAUAUAUUUUAAUUAAUUCGUUGAUAUUAGACUAACUAAAAACAAACAAAAACUAAACAAAAAAUUUCAUAAUUUUGAAUUAACUAAAAAUCAAAUAAUUUCCUUACUAAUAUCGCCCCCUUGGUUUUGGAAAGAAACCUAUCGUUGCUAUCGUUUUUUGUCCAUUGUUAUUUUUUCCCACAGAUUUUUUAUUUUUUUCCAUUUUUUUUAAAUUUUUUGAAAUUUAAUUAUUUCAGUUACAUUUUAAUAAAAUUUGUAAACAUUU